AUGCUCGCUGCAAGGACGGUCCUGGUGCUCACGAUGCUACUCACCCUCUCCCCACACUGUGAUGCAGCCCUUUACACACUGUCCGAGUGCUGCUUCAGUUACAUAAAGUCCCCUCUCCGGCUGGCUAACCUGAAGGGUUUCUACACAACCCCCAAGGAGUGUUUUAUGCCAGCAAUUGUGUUUGAGAUCAGGAAUGGAACCAAGUUCUGCACGAACCCAGCGAUGACUUGGGUGGAGAAAGCAGUUCAGAGGCUUCAAAAAAGGAAAAGACUUCGUGCCCUGUAA